AUGGAUACCCGAACUAGAAAUAACACCUGGGUCAUGAAUCCAAGUGAUCACCUUGACAAAUUUGAUUACAAUUUGAAAAGUGAAGAAAACUUGAUGGACAGCCACAACAACAAUAUAGACGUGGACAAUAUCGAUCCCUUCUUGGAUUUAGAUACGGAACUAAACAACUUUUACAUGCCAUUGGACGCCGAAGGCUCCGAAAAUGGCUCCCCCGCUGAUGAUUUGGACAAUUUCGAUUCGUUGACUGCACUGCCAGCGAACGAGGCGAUAAAUUGGGAUGACUUCGACUUUGACGUUUCUCCUACCGCUGAUGCAAUGCAGGGCCAAAAUCUGGACAACUUAGGUGUAACUGAACUCGAUAAUACCAACUUAAUGGUUGACGGGUCGAUGACAACGUUGGAAACUCCUUUGCUACAAAAGCAGAAGGAGUUGAAUGAGGCCUUACUGAGACAGCGAGAGGUGAAUUCGAAGCUGGAACGAGAACUGAAGCAGACUCGUCUACAGCAGAUGAAACUUCAAAACAAGUUGAGAGAGCAGGAAAACCUUGCCAGCAAACGGUUCGCCUUAGGAGAUAUCACGUCUUCGUCGCGGCUAAACCGAACACCUUCUGGGAAGGAGAAUAUUUUCGCUCAGGCGAAAAGUGCAAACUCGUCCCCAAGCAAGAAACAGCACACCUCCAAGUUGUCCUUCGUCUCUCCAUCGUCGAAUACAACGGUGUAUGGCUCGCCAAAGAGAAGGACUUACCGAGCGAAAGCAAUGAUACUGAAUAAAGAUUUGGAAAACAACAGGAGCGCCGCUAAGGAUCAAAAAAUUAAAAUUGAUUUCGAGACCUCAUUGGCGCCUACAGUUUUCAAUAAUAACGAGAAUGCAAGCCUGUACUCGUCACCAACUCAAAGCAGAAGACCCUCGAUUGCGUCUUCCCCUGUGCAACCAGACUCUAGUAAUGUUUCGCCCGUCGUGCAUGCGGAUACAAGACGCAACAGUACCAAGAGAAAUUCCAUCACUUUCAUCCCACUAAUAAACAACUUCAACAAGAGAUCGCCUUCAGGAAGAAAGAGCUACACAUUAAAUAAUCAAGACAGCCCUAUCAGGAUAAAAAGGCACGUAAGUAAGGGCAAUACGAGAGACCUCCAACUGCCCCCACCUUUGGCGAAUGAGAAUAUCAAGGGGACCAGUGCGUUCAGAGAUUUGACAAAGGCCCCACAGUUGGCACCCCCCAACGAGUUUUCUAGUGUCAUUAUUGAGGACUCGCCAGUGUUGAGUCCAGACCAACCGGGAAAUACCGAGCUGGAAUGGGACCGGGAAAGCAAAGGAAGUUCCCAGGAACCUGAAAGUGUUUUCGUCAUGUCGCAGACUUCUUCUCCUGUUUUGAAGUCGCAGGGCCAUUUCGACGGAGAAUCGCCAACCUUUGGUUAUCACAGCAGAGAUAUCGACACUCUACUGCCGAUCAGUCCCUUGAAGAUUACUAGGAAACGAACCACUCUUCCUAGGGGGUCCAUUGACCGCUACGUGAAGGAGCUACCAGACAAAUCAUUCGAAUGCCUGUACCCAGAGUGCAAAAAGCUGUUCAAAAGAAGGUACAACAUACGAUCUCAUAUACAAACGCACCUCGAGGACCGGCCGUACACUUGUGACUUCCCCGGCUGCACGAAAGCCUUUGUCAGAAAUCACGACCUCGUAAGGCAUAAAAAAUCUCACUCCGAAAAAGCGUACGGUUGCCCUUGCGGAAAGAUGUUCAACAGAGAAGAUGCCAUGAUUGUUCACCGCAGCAGGAUGAUCUGUGUUGGUGGCAAGAAAUACGAAAACGUGGUGAUCAAGCGGUCACCGCGAAAGCGCGGCAGACCGAGAAGGGAGUCAUUGACAAGCGAUGAGUUUGAUGAUGAAAACCACUCAGUGGAUGAAAACAACCGGGGCGCGACAGAUAUCACUCUGUUCUGA